AUGCUUAACCGAGGGAUCCGCGCUGCGCGACCGGCAGCUUUCCGCCGGCCUGCCAUCCAGCGUGCCCAGUUCCAGAAGACCUUUGCGCCCGCCAUUGCACAGCGCUUCGCCUCUACCGACGCUGCGAGGCAGGGCAAGAUUCACGCCGUCAUUGGUGCCAUUGUCGAUGUCAAGUUCCCUACCGACACACUUCCACCGAUUCUCAACGCCCUCGACGCGGAAAAUGGUGGUAACAAGCUGGUUUUGGAGGUCGCACAACAUCUUGGCGAAAACGUUGUGAGAUGCAUUGCCAUGGAUGGAACUGAGGGUCUCGUGCGCGGACAGCCAGCCGUCGAUUCUGGCAACCCAAUCAUGAUUCCCGUGGGCCCCGGUACCCUCGGCCGCAUCAUGAAUGUCACAGGAGACCCCAUCGACGAACGUGGACCCAUCAAGCACGAGAAGAAGCUUCCUAUUCACGCCGACCCGCCAGCCUUCGUUGACCAGUCCACCGCUGCUGAGGUGCUCGCUACCGGAAUCAAGGUCGUGGACCUGCUCGCCCCAUACGCCCGUGGUGGUAAGAUUGGUCUCUUCGGCGGUGCCGGUGUCGGAAAGACUGUCUUCAUUCAGGAGCUCAUCAACAACAUCGCAAAGGCCCACGGAGGUUUCUCCGUUUUCGCCGGUGUCGGUGAGCGUACCCGUGAGGGUAACGAUCUGUACCACGAAAUGCAAGAGACCGGUGUCAUCAACCUUGAGGGCGACUCCAAGGUCGCGCUCGUCUUCGGUCAGAUGAACGAGCCUCCAGGUGCCCGUGCCCGUGUCGCUCUUACUGGCCUAACUGUAGCUGAGUACUUCAGAGACGAAGAGGGCCAGGACGUGCUCCUUUUCAUUGACAACAUUUUCCGAUUCACCCAGGCCGGAUCCGAGGUGUCUGCCCUACUAGGACGUAUCCCAUCUGCCGUCGGGUACCAGCCAACCCUCGCCGUCGACAUGGGUGGUAUGCAGGAGAGAAUUACCACCACCAAGAAGGGAUCCAUCACCUCCGUCCAGGCCGUCUACGUGCCCGCUGACGAUUUGACUGAUCCUGCCCCUGCCACCACCUUUGCCCAUUUGGACGCCACCACUGUGCUCUCCCGWGGUAUCUCCGAGUUGGGUAUCUACCCAGCUGUCGACCCUCUCGAUUCUGCCUCCCGUAUGCUUGACGCCCGUAUCAUCGGACAGGACCACUACGACACCGCUCUGAAGGUCCAGCGUAUGCUUCAGGAGUACAAGUCGCUCCAGGACAUCAUCGCCAUUCUGGGUAUGGACGAACUUUCGGAAGCCGAUAAGCUCACCGUCGAGCGUGCGCGUAAGAUCCAGCGUUUCCUGUCUCAGCCAUUCACCGUCGCCACCGUCUUCACUGGUAUCGAGGGCAAGCUUGUUUCACUCAAGGACACCAUUGCAUCGUUCAAGUCCAUCAUGAACGKUGAGGGUGAUGACCUCCCCGAGGGUGCCUUCUACAUGGUUGGUGACUUUGCAGAUGCUCAGGAGAAGGGCAAGAAGAUUCUGGCAGACCUCGAGAAGUAG